AUGAUAAAAGGUGACCAAUCAUUUGAAUUUGAACGUAGAAUGUCUAUUAAACCCGACUGGACCUAUGAAUUCAUCUCCAUCGACAGCCACAGUGAUACACCCGAUAUUUUAAAUUUCAAUUUAUAUUUAACACGUAUUUCACGCGGCCAAUUCGCCUUUUCGGGCACCAUGGACGUGGGCGAGGAUUUAAAUGAUGACACAUUGGUAAAUAUGAUGGUAUAUUACAGUUAUAGCAGCCACGACUAUGUACGAAGUCCUUUGCAAGUGCCUAAAUUAGAGUUGCCGAAAUUUAUACAAACCCAUUAUAAGGAUAUCAUGAUGGAAGAUUUACAGAUAUGUGCGAAAAAUGCUCCGGACCUUGAAUCUGAUGGAGUUGUCACAAAACGUUUGGCAGAAUUUGAGAAUUGUUCAAUAUCCAAUGAAAAUAUGCCUUCACAUCUGAAGGCGGGAUAUUACAAAAUUGUACUUAUAUUUACGGGAAGGGCCAAUGUAUCGUUGACAGUUGUUAUUAAAGUUGAACCCAAGGAUUGA